AUGGACCUCGAUACUGGCGACUCCCCGUGGGGCGACGAGCCCUCAUCGUUCGCGGCUGACUCUUCGAAGUCAGACACCCAGGAAGGUGUUGCAGCUCCAGCUCCCGCUUCCGCCCAACCCGCCCUGUCCGAGAGCAGGGCCGAGGUCCGUACACCUGGAAGACGAGCCCCAAGGGGCAACCGCAAGAUCAGCGCACAAGCCACGCGAUUGGAAGCUGUUGAUGACACUUUCGACCCGCUCGGUCCUCUGGGAGAAGCACCAAUUGAUACCAGCGCGACACUCGCCGACGAAGCUCCGGCACCACCCCAGAAAGAAUCGCUUGCUGCCCGCAACCCUCAACCGCCUUCGACCUUUGCGCAAAUCUCAGGGGUGGGGAAUUUAGGUGAUCCGGUUAACUUGGAAGAUGAUGGUAUCGGAUUCCAAGGACCCCCGCCCGUGCAACCUGCUGCCGAUUCAAUGGGACCAAAGCGACAGACACAGCCUAGUAUGAGCGUGGAACAGGCAGCGAAGCCUACAUUCGAUAUUUCCGUCGGCGAUCCUCACAAAGUAGGAGAUUUGACUAGCAGCCAUAUUGUUUACCAAAUUCGGACAAAGACAUCAUCUAAAGCAUACCGUCAGCCUGAAUUUGCUGUCAGCCGCCGAUACCGGGACUUCCUUUGGCUAUACAACUCCAUGCACAAUAACAAUCCUGGCGUGGUUGUUGCCCCUCCUCCGGAGAAGCAGGCUGUGGGUCGGUUUGAUACCAACUUUGUCGAGUCCCGAAGGGCUGCGCUGGAACGCAUGUUGAAUAAAAUUGCUGGUCACCCAAUUCUACAGCACGAUGGUGAUUUGAAGAUCUUCCUUGAAAGUGAUGCUUUCAAUGUCGACGUUAAGAAUAAAGAGAACCGGGAGCCCGAUUUGGGCCAGAGCAAGGGCAUGUUUGGCUCUUUUGGUCUCUCCGUCGGUGGAGGAAACAAGUUUGUGGAACAUGACGACUGGUUCCAUGACCGGAAGAUUUACUUGGACGCGUUAGAGAAUCAAUUGAAGGCGCUCAUGAAAUCCAUGGACACCGUCGUUGCGCAACGAAAGGGCCUUGCUGAAUCCGCAGGCGACUUUUCCACUUCGCUCCAUGCGCUAUCUGCUGUUGAACUUUCACCCGCCCUGUCCUCGCCUUUGGAUGGCCUUUCGGAGCUUCAGUAUCGAAUCCGUGAACUUUACGAACGUCAAGCUCAACAGGAUGUCUUGACACUAGGAAUUACCAUUGACGAGUACAUUCGCUUGAUCGGCAGUGUCAAGAUGGCCUUUGGACAGCGACAAAAAGCUUUCCACAGUUGGCAUUCCGCUGAGUCUGACCUUCAAAAACGCAAGAACACCCAAGAGAAGAUCCUCCGCCAAGGAAAGACCCAGCAAGAUCGUUUGAACCAAGUAAACGCCGACGUUGCUGAUGCCGAGCGCAAGGUACACCAGACCCGAUUGCUGUUUGAAGACAUGGGUCGCUUGAUGCGGAAUGAGUUACAACGCUUUGAGAAGGAGAAGGUAGAAGACUUCAAGUCUGGUGUAGAGACAUUCCUGGAGAGCGCAGUAGAAGCUCAGAAGGAGUUGAUUGAGCUGUGGGAGACCUUCCUCUUGCGUCUUGACGCUGGAGAAGAUGGCCUUCCGUACUAUGUACCAUCAUCUGGCGAUGCCGGUGAGGAGUAUGCCCCGGAGACUUCAUCACAAGUUGAACCUUCCUCGGUGGCCGAUGAUGAUGAGUGA